AUGAGUAAGGUGACAGUUGCCAAUACGCCUCAUAAGAACACAAUAGCUCUAAACCAAUGCAGCAAGAGUGUGACAACUCAAGGUCAGCAAACUCGCUUGGUUUCACCAGAAGCCGACACGCGCCGAUCUCGUCAGCUUCUUCUUCGCUCAUUCGCGCCGAUCUGGAGUGCUGGAGUUAUCCUGUAUAUUUUACUUUGCGGUGUUCCACCUUUCUGGGCAGAAACUGAACAAGGGGUAGCACAAGCAAUUAUUCGAUCUGUCAUUGAUUUCAAGAGGGAUCCUUGGCCAAGAGUUUCUGAUAAUGCGAAGGACCUGGUAAAGAAAAUGCUUGAUCCUGAUCCAAAAAGGCGGCUGACUGCCCAGGAAGUGCUUGAUCAUACUUGGAUACAAAAUGCCAAGAAGGCCCCAAAUGUCCCACUUGGUGAGACUGUGAGAGCAAGGCUGAAACAAUUUUCCAUAAUGAACAAGCUGAAGAAAAGAGCCCUUGGGGUUAUAGCCGAGCAUUUGUCAGUUGAGGAAGUAGCUGGCAUAAAAGAGGCAUUUCAAAUGAUGGACACUGGCAACAAGGGCAAAGUAACCAUAGAAGAGCUUCGAAGUGGUGUACAACAGCUUGGGCAGCAGAUUCCUGAUCCAGAUCUUCAAAUACUAAUGGAAGCUGCUGAUGUUGAUGGUGAUGGAGCUCUGAACUACGGAGAGUUUGUUGCAGUUACUGUUCACCUUAAAAGGAUGGCGAAUGAUGAGCACCUACAUAAAGCUUUCGCAUUCUUUGAUCAAAACCAAAGUGGUUUCAUAGAAAUUGAAGAAUUGCGAAAUGCUUUAAAUGAUGAUGUUGACGCAGGUGGUGAGGAAGUCAUCCAUGCGAUUAUGCAUGAUGUGGACACAGACAAGCAUCAAGAAUUGCAAUAUUACCUCUUCUUAGUGUCACAACCUCUUUUGUUGCUGAAGAAGAUACUAUUGGAACUGCGAGUCCCAAGGCAAACCAGAAUGAUUACCUGGAAACAGGUUUAUCAAUCAAUGGUGAAACUAAACAGUUGAUCCCCAAAAGGGGUACUGACCAGAAUGCAUACAACUCAAAACCAGUUGGUGCAAGCUUUGAAAUAGUUACAACCAAUCAUCGAAAGAGGUACAUCCCGUCUGCGUCACCAGCAAUGGUAAUUGGCAGCAUCCUUAGCCUCAUCCAAGCCAUAUUCCUCAUAUCAGCAGCAAAACCUCAAUUGAACUUUAUGGGGUCAGUUCUGAUCCCCUAUGCUAAAACCUCCACUGCAGUACUUGAUGAUGCUGAGGAUUCCCCUAUGCAGCUAUGCUAAAGUAUCUUCAACAUGAAUCUGCUUAUCACAGUAACUGCAAUUCUAGAUCAACCACGCUCUGCGUACUCCCAAGUAGAUAGACUUCAUAUAAUUUCUGAUGUUCUAAAUUUUGUGGGCAUCAAUUAUUGCAUGAGUAUAUUGGCACAAAGUAGCUUGACUAAUAAAUAUGGCCGACAAGUCAUUGUGCACUUGCAGGGAUACCUAGUGGUGGACGAAGAACCAUUGGCUAUAGUUCCUUUGGGGAUUGACUUGGUUGAUGAUUAUCCACACUCAACCUCAAUGGUCUGUAUACCAUUGAACCACGACUUCUGCAUUGUCCAGCCACACCCUCACCUACAAAGACCCUCUAGCUUCGUUAGGGAUGUUGACUACAUAGUUCAUUGGCAAUACCAUAAUUCCAACCUUUGUGAACUUGCUGAUGUUCUCAAGAAUCUGUUUCGUAGUCAAACACCAAUAGUACGAAAGCCGGAGUUUUGCCAUUGCAGGGCCAUGUUUACAGGCGAGUGUGAUUGUUCUUGUCCUUCCGAUUUGAUACGUAGUAAAAAAAAAUCUCUCUUUAAUUCCCAACUUCAAUAGAAAAAACAGAGAAACAGAAGAACAUACAUAAAGAGAGAUUUUUUUAACUACGUACCAAAUCGGAAGGGCGAGGACAAUCACACUCGUCUGUAAACAUGACCCUGCAAUGGCAAUACUUCGGCUUUCGUAUUAUUGGUGUUUGAUUACGAAACAGAUUCUUGAGAACAUCAGCAAGUUCACAAAGGUUGGAAUUAUGGUAUUGCCAAUGAACCAUGUAGUCAACAUCUCUAACGAAACUAGAGGGUCUUUGUAGGUGGGGGUGUGGCUGGACAAUAUAGGAGUCGUGGUUCAAGGGUAUAUAGACCAUUGAGGCUGAGUGUGGAUAAUCAUCAACUAAGUCGAUCCCCAAAGGAACUAUAGCCAAUGGUUCUUCGUCCAUCACUAGGUAUCUCUGCAGGUACACAAUGACUUGUCGGCCAUGUUCAUUAGUCAAGCUACUUUGUGCCGAUAUACUCAUGCAAUAAUUGAUGUCCACAAAAUUUAGAACAUCAGAAAUUAUAUGGAGUCUAUCUACUUGGGAGUACGCAGAGCGUGGUUGAUCUAGAAUUGCAGUUACGAUGAUAAGCGGAUUCAUGUUUGAAAUCAACUCAAAGCUCAACUCUAGUAUUUUCAAACUCACAACUCAACUCUCUAGUCUCUUCAAACUCCCAACUCAACUCUCUAGUCUCUUCAUAUAUAUAGAAUGAGAAUCUGUUUGUUAGUGGGCAUAUCAUUUACAUGCAAUUGAGAUUUUGUUUCCAGUCAAAGAUAGACUACAAAAAGGCAUGUAAUGCAAAUGAUCUGAAUCAAAAAAGCUGCUAAGAUAUGUUUGUUGGAAUAAAGUUGUCAUAGUUUUAUUAUGUCUAUGCGAUAUUUCGUUUGUAUGGCUUGAGAACAUUGUGAAGGAAUAAUGUACGACCCCCAUAUUUGGAGAGUUAUUUUUCUAUAUAUGGUUUUAAAGCA